GCGCGCAUGCGCAGUUUGCGGCGCACAGCCAUUACGAGAAAAAGAGAAAGGUGAUGUUUCUGCUCUGGAGCGCGUUAUAAACGGAUAUUUUAAUGGUGUUCUCGAAAACGGAGAUUCGACUGAGAAAAUCUCCUUGGCCGUCACCUUCCGAGCGAGCUCCAAACAUCCGCCGCCAUCGCCGUCGGUGUCUGUUUACGUCCGGACGCGUUUGAUAUAAAAAAGUUGUUUGGAUAGUUAGGUUGAUAUCAUGCUGGGCGAUGCUUUUGGACAUCGUGUUGAAUCCAGCGUGGAGAAUAAAGCAGCGAAGAUAAACAGAUCCAAACAAGCGCUCUUGAAGAAGAGAGGACGAAACGUUCACAGCAAACCCAACAAAGCGUCGGGAAACGUCAACAAAAGCAGCUUUAAACCUCCAUUAAGCACCAAUGAAGAGCUCAAACCAGCUCAGUCUAAACCAGCCACGAAUAAACAGCAGCUGAAGCUAAAAACCGAGAGUUUCGACCGAGGACUCCAGCCCGGCAGGCCGUCUGCCCACAGCUCGAGCCGUCUUGAGAAAACCACAGAGAGCCUGAGCAAACGGAGACAGUGGAGCAAGCAGAGAAACGUAUCGGACGACACUCGUCUCCCUCAAAGACAGAAAACGCCCUCCCUGAUGGGGAAGAGCCCAGCUGAGGGCCUCGGGAGGGUCGGCGCUUGCCCUCCUGAGCUCUCGCCGGAGUCUGAGAAGACGUACGCUGGAGCGAAGUUCAGCGAGCCUCCCUCGCCCAGCGUCCUCCCCAAGCCGCCCAGCCACUGGGUGGGAGAAGGGGCUCUUCAGACGGACGUACAGCAGCACCGCAGCAAAGAGCAGAUGUCUGUGCACCUCAAAACCCUGCUGAAGGUCCGAGCCCAGCCCUGAACUUCAGAAAACAACACGGACUGACUGGUAACAUCUCGUUCAAGAGCUAUUCGGCUUCGUUAAAGCGUUAAAAUGAAAUUAUAAACUGAGCCGGCCUUUCCAAACCCCAAUGAUUCACUUUCUCCUGUGGAACACAAAAGACGAUGUUCUGGCGAAUGUUAACGACCGCUUUGACUUGAAAAAAAAAAUGUCCACGGAAGAAAGAGAGUCAUGACGGGUGGAGAACUGUUAACAUUUUUGGAUGAACUACGCCUUUGAAUAAGACGACAUGCGGAAGUGAGAACACGGAGACGUUUAAUAUGUGUAUAUUUUUUCAUGUUAGUUUACCUGGAAGAGUCAAGUUAGUUUUGUUACUGAAAUGUAAUCGGUAUCAUGAUAUUCACGUUCGUGUAACACCAGCGCGUGGAACGUUUUGCACAAGAAUGAAAGUGUCUGAGAUAUUUCAGACAAUGUCAACUCGUGGACAAUCAGCGUGAAGAACUGGACCGCUAGCAGCAAGAGAGUGGUGUUUUUCAUUUUGGUUUGGGUUUUGACCUUACGUUGAAGCACUGUGGACUGUAUUUCAAUAGAAUAAUUUGUUUUUAAUUGUCUGAAGAAUGUAGUACUUUUGUAUGGAGCACAUAACAAAUAAUAUAUAUAUAUAUAUAUAUAUAUAUAUAUAUAUAUAUAUAUAUAUAUAUAUAUAUAUAUAUUUGGGUUGCAAUGUAAUGCACAGGGCUCCAUAAAUUUUGCAUGUGUUGAUGUUACACUUGAUUUUAAAUUCUUUAAAACUCAUUUUCUCACUGCUUUUCAUUAUUUUUUAUCACCUGCAUCAAACAGAAGAAGACAGGUGGAUACAAUAAUCGUAUUUAUCUUUUUAUCCCGCACACGAUGAAAUAAAGGUUUUGGUCCGAGCUUUUUGGUGUGUUUGAGACUAGAGGCUCAUCGUUGGUCUGUUGUUGUAAGUUAAGCGUAUUUUUGCACGUUGCAGAAAAAUAUUCUCACAUUUCUGCAAGCAUUCGGAUCCCAUUCUUAUUUAAUGUCUCGCUUCAUAUACUCCACACUGUUCGACUGUGUACUGUGUUUAAAGCUAAAAAGCAGCCUACGUGGUGUAUAAGAAGUGCAAAGUGUAUUCUAUUCGGAUUCAAACAUUUGACAAAUAAAAGCUUUAAAAUCGA